AUGAAUCACGGCUACGAUGACUCCGAUGAAGAAUACGAUUAUGCUACUCCCCCAACAUUGGGUGGACCCAGUACGAUAUUGAGUCAGUUGAUGGGAGGUAUGAGUAGAUACACAUUCAGAGCUCCUCCUCCUUCGGCAUAUGACGAAUACUAUAAAGCUUAUUCAGUAGCUGUAAUGGGUGGAAGAGAACGACCUGAAUUGAUGUAUGGUGGGAAGAUAAUCAUGCCUCCUUCAGCUUUGGCAAGAAUUUCCGCUCUCGAUAUACCUUCACCCUGGACAUUCCAACUUCGUAAUCCUCGUAACCCGACUGUACAUAACACGCAUGCUGGUGUGUUAGAAUUCAUAGCUGAAGAAGGAAUAGUACAUCUUCCAGCUUGGAUGAUGAAAACUCUUAAUCUCACAGAAGGUGAUCCGAUAAGAUUAACAGGUGCCAAAUUACCCAAAGGUAAAAUGGUUAAAAUACAAGCUCAAUCAACGGAUUUCUUACAAGUUUCAGAUGCAAAAGCUGUUCUCGAAUCAGCCUUACGAUUUUACUCGGUCCUCACCAAAGGCGAUAUAAUCGAAAUCACCUAUAACUCCCUUACCUUCGAAUUUCUGAUUAUGGAGACAUAUCCAGAAGGUCCAGGUAUAUCAGUAAUCGAUACCGAUUUAGAAGUAGAUUUCGAAACUCCAGUAGGAUACGUUGAACCACCUAGACCUGCCCCGGCACCAAUCCCUACAAUGGCAGAUAAACUUAGGAUUGAUCUGAAUGACACGCAUUCCGUUUCAGCUGGUUCAAGUAGACCAGGUACAAGUCUCAGUAUAAGAGGGAAUGGUGGUUCAGGAGAUGCUACACCUAUCGAAAGUUUUACGGGUGUGGGUCAGAGUCUAAGUGGGAAAAAGGUUAAAGGGAAAGGAUUAGCUAAGAAGAUUGAAUUGGUUGAUGAGACUAGUAAGAUCAACAGGAAUGAUGGACCACGAAUCAUCACUCCUGAAUCACUGGCGGAUGAUGGCCGUAAGAUUCCAGCUGCAUUAGUAUUACCCGAAGGAAAGUUCUUCUUUGGAUUCAAAUACGUUGCAUUCGAUUCAUCCAAAGCGCCUAAACCGGUUGACGAGCCACAACCAACAUCGUUGCAACCUUUUGGUGGACAAGGUCAGACUUUAGCUAGACGUCCACCUGCAGGAGCAAGAUCUCCUUUCAGACAACCUACACCACCUCCGACAACAGCACCGAACUCCACAACCACUUCAACAGAGGUGAAAGAGGAAAAGGUGGAUCCAUGGGCUGGAUUAGGUAAUGGAAACACCCUAUCUACUAGAAAACCUACAUUAACGGAUGAAGAGAAGAAGAAAGAUGAUGAGAGGAAAAGACAAGAAGUUAUAGAUGCUACAAUGUUGGACGAAGAUGAUUUCAUGUUUGAUGGAGGUGAUGAAGAUGAUGUAAUCGAGAUUGAUUCAGAUUGA